UCCCUUAAUUUCCUCACGUCCGCGAAUAUCGAACGUGCAACGUCAGGCCAACUUUAUUCCAGUGAAAUAAUCAUGGAGCAGCAGGCUAUAAGCGCCUUACAAGCGCAAGCUCUGAAAAGGAAAGAAAAGCUAAAAGCCCUUAGAGAACGACAGCUUCAUGGGAGGGAACAAGCAGUAGGACAACCUGAUUGCAAGAGAGCAGUAGAAGAAGUAGAGACAGAAGAAAGACACAGAGACCUGAAGCUGAGGAACUACACUCCAGAAGAUGAAGAGCUAAAAGAGAGACAGGUUCCCAAAGCUAAACCUGCAUCAGUGGAAGAUAAAGUUAAAGACCAGCUGGAAGCCGCAAACCCAGAGCCCGUUAUAGAGGAAGUGGAUCUGGCCAAUUUAGCUCCAAGGAAACCAGACUGGGAUCUAAAGAGGGAUGUUGCAAAAAAGCUGGAAAAACUAGAGAAAAGAACCCAGAAAGCCAUUGCUGAACUUAUCAGGGAGCGGCUGAAGGGGAGCGAAGCAGAGCUGGCUAGUGUUGUCGGAUCAGUCACUAUAGAAGAGGCAGAUUCAGACUGAGUCUUCUGGAGAUACGCAUCCUUCUGGAAGACGAGUGUAGCUCUCAAAUUCAGCAUGUGACAUGAACAGGGAUGCUGAGCAUCAGAGUUGAGAUCUGGUCCACUCGGGAGUUGACUGGAUUGUGUGUGUGUGUGUGUGUGUGUGUGUGUGUGUGUGUGUGUGUGUGUGUGUGUGUGUGUGUGUGUGUGUGUGUGUGUGUGUGUGUGUGUGUGUGUGUGUGUGUGUGUGUGUGUGUGUGUGUGUGUGUGUGUGUGUGUGUGUGUGUGUGUGUGUGUGUGUGUGUGUGUGCGCCAUUUUUUCAUAAAUAAAAUAUUUUUUUUCCUA